AUGAAAUACUCGUGGAAUGUAGCUCAAGAAGUGCUGAGGAUGACACCACCUGUUCAAGGAAACUUUAGGGAAGCUUUAACCGAUUUUGUCUUCAAUGGUUUCACCAUUCCAAAAGGGUGGAAGUUGUACUGGAGCGCAAACUGGACACACAAGAACGCCGAUUGUUUCCCUGAACAGGAGAAAUUCGAUCCGUCAAGAUUCGAAGGAAAGGGACCGGCACCUUACACAUUUAUUCCGUUCGGCGGAGGCCCGAGAAUGUGUCCAGGGAAUGAGUACGCUCGGGUGGUGAUAUUGGUGUUCAUGCACCACUUGGUCACAAGGUUCAAGUGGGAGAAGGUUUUUCCUGAUGAGAAGACCAUUGUUAUCGCUCUCCCCACCCCCGCCAAGGGACUUCCCAUCCGCCUUUUUCAUCACCAAAAAUGA